AUGAACCGUGUUGACUUCGACGACCGGCCGGACUUGUUCAUGGCACGGAUUCGUGAGAAGAACUUUGAACGGCGUGGGAUCCUGUUCACCGACGGACCCCGGCUCGGCGAUGACUACGGUACCGUGCUAAGCGUGAUCCCGUGGAUCCGACAUCUGCUUCCGAACGCUACCUGCUACAACCACAUCCGGAAGGCUAGUUUGGAGAUGAAUGCGUUCAUUGAUUCCAUCGUUAAGAAGCACCUGGACAGUCACGAUGACGGUCUCGUGACAGAUGAGAUGAUCCUCGCCUUGGUGGACUUUUUCUUCCCGGCCACUUUCGAUCCGAAUAACAGCCCUACUGUUGGAACGCCUACUCCUCAACCCACAAGUCCUAGCCAAGAUGCAAGGGAAAUCGGCGACGGAACCCUAGACGAUAGCAUAAAACUGUCGUUCGCCGAGGCAACCCUACGCGAAAGUCUACGGAUCGACACGCUGGUCCCGUCCGGAAUGUCCCACGUAGUCCUACACGACACUACCCUCCGAGGGUACGACAUUCCGAAAGGAACCCUGCUGAUGUUGGGCCUCACCGACAUUCACAACCAGCGGGACGUUUGGGGUGAUCCGGAGUUAUUCCGAAUACCAUGUUUUUGA